UCAGAAAACCUAAAAACAAAAAUUUGAACGUUAGAGAAACCCAAAACACAAACAGAAAUGAUGUCUUGUACCGUUGCGAUUUCCAGUUCUCCGGUCUUCUCUCCCUCUAGGGUUUCCAUCUCUUCUUCUCUUCCAUACAAGGCGGCCGCCGGAUCUUCCUCGUCGCCGGACGCCCUAACCCGGAUCCAAUCCCCGUCGGGAGCAGCUUCCUCCUCUUCUUCGCCGUCUUCGCCGCUACGGAUUCUCCGGCUCCAGAAACCGCCGCCCAGCGGCUUAAACCGAGCUUCUUCCGAGUGCUCCGCGCCCACUUCUCCAACUGUUUUGAAGCGGAAGCGGCCGGCGAGAUUGGACAUUCCAAUUGUGUCAAUGGGAUUCGGGAAUGUUCCGCCGACUCCCGCGGCUAUGGAGAGCGCGGUGGAGUUUGAGAGUGAUGAGUUUUCGGUGUGUUGUAAGCGCGGAAGAAGAGGAUUGGCUAUGGAAGAUCGGUACUCGGCUAAGGUGAACCUUCACCACGAUUCCAAACAGGCUGUUUUUGGUGUAUUUGAUGGGCAUGGAGGAGCAAAAGCUGCAGAAUUUGCAGCGGAGAAUUUGGAUAUGAAUAUUGUUGAUGAAGUUGAAAAGAGGGGGGAUGACAACACUGAGGAGGCUGUGAAGUGGGGGUAUUUGAACACAGAUUCCGAGUUUCUCAAGCAAGAUCUUCGAGGCGGGGCUUGCUGUGUCACAGCGCUGAUCAGGAAAGGCAAUCUAGUGGUAUCGAAUGCUGGUGAUUGUCGGGCUGUUGUGAGCAGUGGAGGGAUUGCUGAGCAACUGACAUCUGAUCAUCGCCCUUCGAGGACUGAUGAAAUGGGUAGAAUUGAGGCCUCGGGUGGCUAUGUGGAUUAUUGCCAUGGCGUUUGGAGGAUCCAGGGAUCCCUGGCGGUGUCCAGAAGUAUUGGAGAUUGUUAUCUUAAACAAUGGGUUAUAGCAGAACCAGAAACUAGAAUUCUUCCCCUUACCCCUGAACUAGAAUUCUUGAUCCUUGCAUCAGAUGGCUUAUGGGACAAGGUUAGUAAUCAGGAAGCUGUAGAUGCUGUUCGUCCAUUGUGCACAGGCUCAGAGAAGCCCCAACUGCUGUCAGCCUGCAGGAAGCUCGUCGAACUCUCAGUCUCGCGAGGCUCUUUUGACGACGUGAGUGUGAUGCUAGUUCAACUGCAAAAAUUUCAAUGAUAUGAUCUUUACAGAGAGUAGGAAGUAUAGUUCUUUCACCGCUAACUGACCAGAGACAGACUUCAUUUCUCCGAUGAUCUCACGUUGCCGGAGAUGACCAUUGAUGACGGAUGUGUAGAACAUAUUCAACCCUCUAGGCGCCUGACUUUUUGGUUUCUAAUUCAUCAUUUUUGCUAGAAAUUCUUUGUGUUGUAAAUUGGGAAACAUUUUAUUUGAGUCUUGUGUUUGUGUAAUAUCCUCUUACCCGUAUAAUUCUUUUUAGUUAAAAUAUAUUACUUAUAAUAUUCUUUAACUAAAAAGAAUUACACCGUCACACAAGACAUACUAUUUAUCUACUCUGUAUUUAUUAAUUCUUUCUGCAAUGAUCUUACCAAUUCAUGAA